AUGUGGGCAGAUUCAGCAGGCCCUUGUAAACUCCACCUUUUCCAAACCUUCAUCUUCCAAAACACCAGCUUUGUGGACAUUUCAGCCUGGGCCACCCUGGACAACAUCAUCUUUGCUACCCUGCAGAAAUACACUUGGAACAUCCUCUGCCUUCACCCAUGGGUCUACCCGGUGCUGCCUGCAGCAGAGUGGGAGGACCUGCAAAACCUGUUCAGGGUCUACGUGCACAACUUCAACCUGUCCCUGAAUGGUGGUGCCAGGCUGUUCCAGACAUCCUGUGAGUACCAGUGCAUGACUGGCUGUGACUUGUAUCCAAACGGCUCCUACACUAAAUUCUAUCAUCCUGCCUACAAUGCCCACAACUUCCUCAGCUUUGACGUGGACAACAGUGUCUGGGAGAGGCAGCAGGAAAGUAACCUGGCUGUACACAUUGAGAGGCUAUUCAACAACUUCACUGGUUCCUCCUUGACCCUGCAGCACCUUCUCAGUGUCACCUGUGUUGAUCACAUGAAGAGAUUCAUUGAGCAUGGAAGAGCAACUCUGAAAAGACAAGAACUGCCUGUUGCCACUGUCUACUCCCGCACGCCCAACCCAGACAAGCUCCUGUUGGUUUGCCGCGUCACCGGCUUCUACCCACAGCCCAGCAGCGUGGCCUGGCUGCGGGAUGGCCAGGAGGUGUCAGUGGGCCCGGCACUCAACACCAGCCCGGUGCUGCCCAAUCAUGAUCUCACCUACCAGCUCCGCAGCACCCUGGCCGUUGUCCCUGGGGACGGGCACAGCUACGCCUGCCGCGUGCGCCACCGCAGCCUGGGCACCCGCAGCCUCUUCGUCCCCUGGGGCAUCUCCAAGGUAGCUCUCAAUGUCAGCAUCACCAUAGUAGUGUUGCUCACUAUGGCUGCAGCUGCUGCUGGAGCCAUAUGGUGCUACAGGCAAAG